AUGUACAACUCGAUCCAGGUCGGCACCGUCAUCGCCUUUGUCGAUCGAACCGGAUCUGGGUUAUCCUGCCAAAUACCAUCCGAGGCCAUUCUGGGCAUCUGGUCCGUUGUCGAAAUCAACCUCGGCAUCGUCUGUGGCACGGCUAUGCGUCUAAAGCCCUUCAUCGUCACCUACCUGCCCAAGCUGAAUCUCCUUAGCAAGCGCUCGACCGGCCGCUCCUACGUGCCCUGGAAAGACACACUCACAAAAGCCGACAAGGGCCAACACUCGUACCAGCUGCACAGCAUCCAGCAGGGCAGCCGAGAGCCGGUCUCAAAAUCGCCCCAGGGCCACAACAUUCACGUCCACGAAGAGACCAACGUGCAAGUGGAAAACAUGGGUCAGAGCCAAAGCCAGAGCCAGAACCGGAGCCGGAGUCUGAGUCGGAGCCAAAGUGUUGAUGACAGUAGCGUCGAGCUGGUCUAG